UUUGACAGGGCACAGGAAGGCAGAGCUUGCACUCCAGCUUAGCGUUCAGUUAGGCACAGACGCCCUAAGCCCCUCUCCUCUCCUUGAUUUUCAUUUGGACGUUUUGUCGGUUCAGCCGAAAAGAAAGAAGCAGCCAUGGACGCCAUCAAGAAGAAGAUGCAGAUGCUCAAGCUCGACAAGGAGAAUGCCUUGGACAGAGCUGAGCAGGCCGAGUCAGACAAGAAAGCAGCUGAGGACAGAAGCAAACAGCUUGAGGACGAUUUGGUAGCUCUGCAGAAGAAGCUCAAGGGAACUGAGGAUGAGUUGGACAAGUACUCCGAGGCUCUUAAAGACGCCCAGGAGAAGCUUGAGCUUGCCGAGAAGAAAGCCACAGAUGCUGAGGCAGAUGUCGCUUCUCUUAACAGACGUAUCCAGCUGGUUGAGGAGGAGUUGGAUCGUGCUCAGGAGCGUCUGGCAACUGCCCUGACCAAGCUGGAGGAGGCUGAGAAGGCUGCUGAUGAGAGCGAGAGAGGCAUGAAGGUCAUUGAGAACAGGGCCAUGAAGGACGAGGAGAAGAUGGAGCUGCAGGAGAUCCAGCUCAAGGAGGCCAAGCACAUCGCUGAGGAGGCUGACCGCAAAUAUGAGGAGGUCGCCCGUAAACUGGUCAUCAUUGAGGGUGAUCUUGAGCGUACAGAGGAGCGUGCUGAGCUCACAGAAGGCAAAUGCUCUGAACUUGAGGAAGAGUUGAAAACUGUGACCAACAACCUGAAGUCACUGGAGGCCCAGGCUGAGAAGUACUCACAGAAGGAGGACAAAUACGAGGAGGAGAUCAAGGUCCUCACCGACAAGCUGAAGGAGGCUGAGACUCGUGCUGAGUUCGCUGAGAGAUCAGUAGCCAAGCUUGAGAAGACCAUUGAUGACUUGGAAGAGAAACUGUCACAUGCUAAAGAAGAGAACCUCGAUAUGCAUCAGAUGCUGGACCAGACUCUAAUGGAACUGAAUAAUUUGUGAAGGCACAGUCCAACCCCCCCACACACACUGUGGUUUUGGCUUUUUGUACUUGCACCUUGCUUAACAUAAACCCCUCUCCUCGCACCAUGCCCAUGGUGGAGAGCAAACAGCCAGAUGCUAUUCCUAACGCACCGUCCUGCCUUCAGUGAGACUUGACCAAGGAGCAAAGCUAAGAGGAAGUAAAGCGUAACAAUUCCCUCUGACGAAGCCUAAACUGAAAAGCAAGAUCGCUUUUGCAAGCAAGAUUUUAUCUUGAAAUGUUGUCUGCCUUUUUUCUUGUCCUAAAUAUAGUUUGUUCCUUUUUUUUUUGAUAAGUCAUCUGGUGAAAUUAUAUUUCAUGCUGUUGGUUACAAAGAUUUUUUACAUCUGCAUUGAAGCUGAUCUGGUACGUUCCAUUCCACACAGAUUAUGCACAAACCAAAGGACAAAGUGAGGAAAUGUUGCACUUAGUUAAACCUCAACAUUGUGCAUAUUUUGCAUUCUUUAAAGAUAAACUAUGUUUAAAAAGAGAAGUGUAAGUAUACACAGGCUAUGCCUGUCAUCAUGUAUACUGGUGCUACUGUUUUGUCAGGCAUUGUUUAAAAAUGUAUUGAAUUACAAUAUAUUCUUAGUUUUCUUUAACACUUUGGUUCAAAAUUUCAUCCUGUCUAUUUAGUAUGAUUUCAGUCAUCUGGUUGUGCAAUGUUUUAGCAUUGUAUUAAUGUAGAUGUUUCAAGUGUUUAUCAUAUCUGAAAUGUACAAAUUCUGAAUUUAAAUAAAAGCACGUUUUGAAAGUUU